AUGGCUAGACUGGCGCAAAUCAAUGUGAACAGGUCGAGGCCAUCGCAGGACAUGGCCGCGAAGGUGAGUGGCGAGUUGGGGCUAGGACUGAUCGCCAUCUCGGAGCCCAAUAGGGUUCCAGAUGACGGACGCUGGCUGGCUUCGACGGACAGCCCGCCCUCAGCCGCCAUAACGUGGCAAUGGGCGCAGGUCAGGGUGCCAUGUUCGCCUCUCUGGAGGGGAAAAAGGUUCGCGGCCGUGGACUGGGGGGACACCAUCGUAGUGUCGUGCUACUUUCCCCCCAGUCUCAGUGACGACGAGUUCGCGAGGGACUUGAGAGAGUUGGAGAGAAGGCUGGCAGACACGGUGGGGCGCCCUGUCGUUGUCGCGGACGACUUUAAUGCCCGCGCUCUCGCGUGGGACAGGAAACGCAACAGGAGGAGGGACCUCUUGCUGGAAUGGCUGGUCUCCACGGACCUCCAGGUUAUCAAUGAGGGUGUGGAGCCAACAUGUGUACAUCCCCGCGGAACCUCGCGGGUGGACUUGACAGUGGCAUUACCCUCGGCCGCCAGGAAAAUCACGGAGUGGAGAAUAGCGACAGAGGUGGAGUCCCUGUCCGACCAUCGAUACGUGGUCAUGAAGUUGGGGACUUCCAUCGUUGGCCCGGAGAUCGGGAAAGCGGCCCUUCGGACCUUCCCAAGGUGGGUGGCCGGCAGAGCAGACUCCAACCUGAUGGAGGCGGCGGCGAUCCAUUCGACAUGGAGCGAGAUCUCGGGAAACGCCGCAGAGGGAGCCAAAAUCAUGGACCAAACACUGCGGGACAUCUCAGACGCGAGUAUGCCUAGGAAGGGACUGCAGAAGAAGCCUCACGCGUACUGGUGGAACGACGAGAUAGCGGAGCUCCGUCGUGCCUGCAACGCAUGCAGGAGAAGGGUCACGCGAGCGAGGGCCCGCGUGAACGUGCCUCCGGAAGAGAUAGGGACCCUCUGGGGCGAGCUGAGGGAUAGGCGCAGGGAUCUCAGGGGGUCGAUCGCUCGAUCCAAGGCUAAGCUUUGGAAAGAGCUGGUCGACGACCUCGAAAGGGAUCCCUGGGGCACGCCUUAUCGAGUAGUCCUUCAGAAGCUGCGCUCGGGAGGCGCGUCCGUGCUGGAGGUGCUUCCCCCUGAGACGGCUGAAGAGAUAGUAACGACACUGUUCCCUGUGGAUCAGUCCCCACAGGGUGGGGAGACACCUAGAAAAUGGGACAACGACCUGGCGGUAACGCCGGUUGAGGUCCUGGAGGCUAGCUCCAGGAUCAAGACCGGGAAGGCCCCAGGUCCUGACGACGCUGCAAUGUGGUGUCAGACUACAUUAAUGUCAUCACCGGACGUGUCUAAAAAUUUGACGCUUGCAUUUUUGAUGUCAUUGACCGGUAAUGGUCAUACAAAUAUCCGCGAGGAUUUUUGUGGAAACGCGUCUUCUCGUACAAUUUUGACAAGAUUAUUAGCGUUGACACCAACAGCGUACGAAUUUCUGCAGAUCGGGAUCGCUGUGGGACCAAUGUCUUACGUAGAAAUUGCGAUUGACGAUACCCGAGGCAACCGCAUCGUUCUGCUUCAUACUAUGUGGAUGGCGUUAAUCGAAAAAACGGACAGCUAUACAGCGAUUGGUGCAGUCAUCUACGUCAUAGAAAGUAAUGAUACUGGAUCUUGUCAUUAA